CGUGUCCCAACUCUUUAGUUGGACGAAUCACCGUUUACAAAUCGUGUAUUCGUCAGCGCGCUAGUGUCAUCCAGUAUACUUCUUUGCACUUUACUCUAGCGAGUUGUCGGAGUCGGAUCGGGAGAGAACAGCUUUUGUGUUUGUUAUUCCUUAAAAAAGCACAAAUUGAACGAACGCUCGACGAGAAAAACUAAAAUUUAAAAAAUUACUCGAGGUGCAGAAAGCCGAUAAGGCUUCUGAGACGCGAUAAUGAGGACUGCUGGAAUAUUACUCAUCAGUUUCGCGCUUACGUGCGCCGUUAUCAGUAAUGCAUAUUAUCAGAAGAAACAGUUCUAUCCAUCUGUCGUCUACAUAACCAAAUCGAAUCCCUGUAUGACUGUGAUAUACGUACAGGGAUUUAUUCUCGUUUAUAUCACCAACACAUUUCUGAGGAAAAUAUUCUUUGGUAACUUGCGCGCUGCCGAGCUUGAGCACCUGGUGGAAAAAGCCUGGUACGCUGUGACCGAAACAUGUCUAGCAUUUACAGUGUUCAGAGAUGAUUUCAGCCCCAAAUUUAUAGCAUUAUUCACCCUGUUAUUAUUCCUAAAAUCUUUCCACUGGUUGGCAGAGGACCGAGUGGACUAUAUGGAACGAAGUCCGGUCAUAACAUGGCUUUUCCAUUUGCGAGUAACAACGCUGCUCACUCUCCUGGCGGUAAUAAACAUUAACAUGAUUCAGUACGCCUACAAUUCAACACAGGUGAAAGGAGCUUCGGUACAAUUGGUAUUUGGUUUCGAAUAUGCCAUUCUCCUGACCAUCGUUCUCAAUAUUAUUGUCAAAUACAUGUUGCACACGGCUGAUUUACGAAGCGAGGGACCUUGGGAAAAUAAACCCGUAUUCUUAUUGUAUACAGAACUGAUUAUUGGAUUUUUCAAGGUUAUAUUGUACGUGUCCUUCGUGGCUAUAAUGGUGAAACUUUAUGCAUUACCACUGUUCGCUUUUCGUCCUAUGUACUACACUAUGCGCAACUUUAAGAAAGCCUUUCAAGACAUUGUUAUGUCACAGCGAGCCAUUAGAAAUAUGAACACUUUCUAUCCGGAUGCAACGCCCGAAGAACUCGCGGCUGCUGACAACGUUUGUAUCAUUUGCAGAGAAGAAAUGGUUUCGGCUAGUAAAAAAUUACCGUGCAAUCAUAUAUUUCAUACGGCAUGUUUGCGCUCGUGGUUUCAACGACAGCAAACGUGUCCAACCUGCAGGCUCAACAUUUUGAGGCCUGCAACCGGAAACACCGAACCGAGACCGGCCAAUCAACCACAGGGGCCCACACCUACCCCACAACCCGCUCAAACUAUUCCCAAUCAACAAGAUGCUCCGGCACCAAGGUCUAUUGUUGAAUGGCGAGCUAUGAGAAAUUUGCCAGGUUCAACGUCGCCUCCGACUCCGGUCCCAUUUUUCGCACCGCCGUUUCCAACCACUGUUCCAUUACCACCUGUCCCAACACCACCCCCGAAUUUAACGACUCUCAGCGAAGAUGAACUGCGAGCUAUGGAGGGUAAUUUGCGUCAAACUGUUGAGGCGCGAAUACAAACAUUGCAGAGGGUACAACUUUUACUAGAUGCGGCAAAUGCAAUGAUGAAUCAGUAUCAGAUGGCAGCAGCGACGGCCAACAUUCCGGUGCCGACGACAUCGGGCACGAGAGUAGUCCCCGAGUCAGGGAGCAGCAAGGAGAGUAAGACGCGAGUACCAGAGUCCCAUUCUCCUGCGGCGAACAGGAAAGAGGAAUGUGCGACGUCAUCGAGAACGGGGAUCACUUCGAACGACGAUGUAUCAACGACAUCGGAAGGCAGUAACAGCAGUACAGACGGAACGUCGUUACCCUCAACAUCACGAGCUGCGGGCGACGAGGACGUAAACAGCGAACAGGCGGCGUUGAGAAAAAGACGAUUGCAAAAAUUUUCGGUUCAGCCAGCAGCGGAUUAGAAAAACACUAAAAAAAUCCAGCAAAAGUAUAACGACGAGGAAAGGAAGAAAAGAAAACAACUGAAAAAAUAUACACAAUAACAAGAAGAAGCUGCUUUCGUUAUGUGAUAAAAGUUUAUCGGAUUGGUCAAGUCACCGAUGUAUCCCAUUUCCAAGGUUUGUCGAACAAGAAUUCAAAUUUGAGCGUUGCUGAUACAUUCUGGAAAAAUUGCAAGUGAUAGAAAUUCAAUACGACAUGUAUGUAUAUAUGCCCGAUGUAUGAUGUGUACACACACAAACACACACACACACACACACACACGCAGUAUAUAUAUAUGAUAUAUAUUAUAUCAGAUGGUCACCAUCGUAAACUUACGUUUAGGACCAAAUUCCAUGUUGAAAGGAUUCAUCGACCCUUCGCUAAAAUAUAAUUGAGAGAUCGAUAAAAUAUGCACAGUAUCAAUUUAAUAGAACAUAAAAAUUCCAUUUAAUAAAAGCCCUCGACGAUACUUUUUUAUCUUUGAUAAAUUAGUCAAAACCUCUUGGUUGUCGUCUGUCUCUAUAGCUAAUAUACCAAUGGAAAAACAAAAAUAUCGCUUAUAAUUUUUGACUGGGAAAAUUUUAUAUUUAUCGUAUCCGUAACUCGUUCGCUUUACUGCGAGAAUCCGAAAAUCCCUGAAGGGGGAGGGAGGCACCGAAAGAUUUGCUGAUUACACGUGGUUCGAUUUAUCAAGCCGGAAUUUGGUCUUGAAUCGAAGGCCAUGGCAAUGGACUAUCCGUGACGAGACAGCCUGUAUAUCCAAUAGCAUAUAUCGUUAAUUAUACGACUAUUUUUUAUUUAAUUUUACCCCUUUCAAGUGUGAAAAAUCCUCUGUGCGUUUUGUGCACUCGGAAUGGCAAAGACUAAAUAUAUAUAUAUAUCUGUACAAAUACAUAUAUACAUUUAUAUAUAAAGAGUCGAGUCCCGCAGGUUGAUAGAUCGAAAAUGUGAACUUGAAUUUCGAAUUAGCCAAAUCUGAGUCGAAAAGUCCAACAAUAUGUUUUAUUAAAAAUUCAUUACCUCCUCAUCUUUCAUCAUCUAUCUUGCUCUCGAGCUUCUGAAGACCAGGAACAAAAAAACUGGCAAGAGCGAAUCAUGUGGACCAUAAAAUUUUCCACACCCAACCCCCAAUCUCAUCCGUGCUUGCACAGGGAGGUGCCUUUAUUUUGUUUGAUAACGCGAUGAGGGAGUUUGUAAAUCUUCGACACUCGAAGCGAAUAAGCUCAGACAUUUAUUCAAGUUCACGUUACUGAUCAUUGAAGCUAUGAUACUCUUUAUUUAUAAAAAUACAUAUACACAUAUGUGUAUGUGGCUCUGUGUGUAUGCAUGUAUGUCCAUACUCGCACACUUUUGGAACUCCAAAAGACUUUUUUACCUUGAGCCUAAGCCGCGUACGCGGGUUAAUGAGGGAUGAGGGACGAUGGCUGAUGCUCCAAAGUGAUGAUUCUUCCAUCGUUUGUUGUACACUCGCGACAUAGCGAUCCUACACGUGUAGAUAAUAUUAUUAUAAACAAGGUAAUAUAGCUCUGCGAGAAUGAAAAAAAAGUUGUAAUAAGAUUAUUACGUUUGAACAUUGAGCGAAAUUGAUAUCACUUCUGAGAAUAUUCUAUGAAACUUCACGAUCGUGAAGAUUUCAUUACGUGUAUAUAAACUUAUAUUCACGUGAACUUUAUUAUAGUUGCGUCUUGUAAAAUAAGAGUUCCACGUAACAAUCGACACACGUAUAAUAAACUUAUUUGUGUAUUUAUAUA